UCUUCUCACUGCCAGAAUAUUUUCCUCAAGUAAAAAAGCCAAACUCACUGAAAAUCUUCAAUCUUCAAUCUUCGUUCUCUUGCUGGCCCUGAUCUCCAUGGCGGAGAAGGUGGCUCUAUCGCUUCUGCUCUCAAACCCACCACCCACAAAACCCCAAUUUCCAAGCCAAACCCACUCCCAUCAUCAACCUGUAAUACCAACUUCUUCACCCCCACCUAUAGCUCCUCUUCUUCAGAACCUGCUCCUUAGCAACCAACACUCAGAUUUUCUUAAACCCAUUAAUCCAAAGAACCCCUCUAAUCUAUCUCCCAGACCUCGAACCCGCAUCGGCAAGGCCCGUGACCCCAACCGUGGCAAGCCCUGGUCUCACCACCGUCUUUCUCCUCUAGGUCAGCAAGUUCUUAAUUCUUUAACUGACCCUUCUUUUGAAAGCACCGAGUUGGAUAAAAUUUUGAGUCACUUAUUUGAGUACUAUCAGGAUGAAUCAAGCUCUAUUAGUGGUAACAUGGAUAGUUUGUCUAUGGAUGUUUUAGGUGUAAUUAAGGGUUUAGGGUUUUACAAGAAAUGUGAUUUGGCAGUGAGUGUGUUUGAGUGGGUUCGGAGUAGAAAGGAGUGUGAAUUGGUUUUGAAUUGUUCUGUUGUAGCUGUGAUUGUUAGUAUGCUCGGCAAACAGGGUAAAGUUUCAGCUGCAGCUUCUUUGUUUAAUAAUCUUCGUAAAGAUGGGCUUGAUCUUGACGUUUAUGCUUAUACUUCGUUGAUAACUGCUUAUGCUAGUAAUGGAAGGUACAGGGAUGCUGUUUUGGUGUUUAGGAAGAUGGAGGAAGAAGGGUGUAAACCAACUUUGAUAACUUAUAAUGUAAUUUUGAAUGUUUAUGGAAAAAUGGGUAUGCCUUGGAGUAAGAUUUCUGGUCUUGUUGAGGGAAUGAAGAGUGCUGGGGUUGCUUUAGAUGACUAUACAUAUAACACGCUCAUAAGCUGUUGCCGUCGAGGGUCUUUGUAUGAAGAAGCUGUUCAGGUUUUUGAGGAGAUGAAAUUGGCAGGUUUUUCACCUGAUAAGGUCACCUAUAAUUCUUUAUUGGAUGUUUAUGGGAAGUCUAGGCGGCCUAAGGAGGCUAUGGAGGUAUUAAAGGAAAUGGAAACUAAUGGAUUUUCUCCUAGUAUUGUGACUUACAAUUCACUGAUAUCAGCUUAUUCCAGAGAUGGUCUACUGAGGGAAGCAAUGGAGCUUAAAACCCAAAUGGUGGAAAAAGGGAUUAAGCCUGAUGUUUUUACAUAUACUACGCUCCUAUCAGGAUUUGAGAAGUCUGGGAAGGAUGAAUAUGCAAUGAGGGUUUUUGAGCAAAUGAGAGCUGCUGGUUGUAAGCCAAAUAUAUGUACUUUCAAUGCCUUAAUCAAGAUGCACGGUAACAGGGGGAAGUUUGCUGAAAUGAUGAAGGUUUUUGAGGAGAUUAAAACGUGCAAUUGUGUGCCAGAUAUUGUUACAUGGAAUACUCUUUUGGCAGUUUUUGGACAAAAUGGGAUGGACUCAGAAGUGUCUGGAGUGUUCAAAGAGAUGAAGAGGGCUGGGUUUGUGCCUGAGAGGGACACAUUCAAUACAUUAAUAAGUGCAUACAGCCGAUGUGGCUCUUUUGAACAAGCCAUGGCUGUAUAUAAAAGAAUGCUGGAAGCUGGGGUUGGUCCUGAUCUUUCUUCCUAUAAUGCUGUUUUAGCUGCAUUGGCUCGAGGAGGACUUUGGGAACAGUCGGAGAAAAUAUUUACCGAAAUGAAGGAUGUUAGUUGCAAGCCUAAUGAGCUCACCUACUGUUCUCUGCUUCAUGCUUAUGCCAAUGGCAAGGAAAUUGAACGAAUGCGAGCUCUUGCUGAAGAGAUAUACUCUGGUGUAACUGAACCUGUUGCUGUUCUGUUGAAGACACUUGUUUUAGUUAAUAGUAAAUGUGACCUCCUAAUGGAAGCUGAACAUGCGUUCAUGGAAUUGAGGAAAAAAGGCUCACCUGAUUUGAGUACUCUUAAUGCCAUGAUUGCAAUAUAUGGCAGAAGGCAGAUGGUUGCCAAAGCCAAUGAGAUUUUGAACUUAAUGGAUGAGAGUGGAUUCAGUCCAAGCUUGGCAACUUACAAUAGUUUGAUGUAUAUGUACAGCCGCUCAGAAAAUUUUCAGAGAUCAGAAGAAAUUUUAAAAGACAUUCUUGCUAAAGGAUUAAAGCCUGACAUAAUAUCAUAUAAUACCGUUAUUUUUGCAUAUUGUCGAAAUGGUAGGAUGAAAGAGGCUUCACGGAUAUUUUCAGAAAUCAAGGAUUCUGGGCUUGUUCCAGAUGUUAUUACAUAUAAUACAUUUGUCGCAAGUUAUGCAGCUGAUUCAAUGUUUGAGGAGGCCAUUGAUGUCGUUAAAUACAUGAUCAAGAAUGGCUGUAAGCGAAACCAGAAUACAUACAACUCAAUUGUAGAUGGGUACUGUAAACAUAAUCGUCGGGCUGAUGCAAGCACAUUUGUUAGCAGCCUUCGUGAGCUUGAUCCUCAUGUUUCCAAGGAGGAAGAAUGCAGGUUAACUGAACGUAUAAUGAAGAAAUGGUCAUAGAUGAUUUUGUCUUGAAAUAGAAGGCAGCUUGGUUGGCUUGCUUUUUCCCCUCUUAACACAUGUAUAACCUUUUCCCUUUUUUGUGCCUAUAAUAUAUUUUUAACUUGUGGUUUUAUUUUUUGGGCAACAUUUGUUUCUAUAAUGUAAAUGUGUUACUAGCAAACUGUAUGUGCAUCUUUUAUAUUCUACCAAUAUUGUCUUGUCUA